ACCCUCAGUCUACUCAAGCCACGUGCCUUGAUCAAGACUUUUCGCACAGCAGUCCAGUAAUACAAGUUCGUGGUCUCCUGCCUGCUGAGUGAGCAACAUGGCGCUUGUCAUGCUAUUGUUGGUCUCCGCCACCAUCUGUCUUACACAGACAGUUUCACCGAGCACAUCGCAAUCGGUUUCACCGAGCACAUCUCGAUCGGUGUGCGGUGCCUUCCAUCUCUUUCCGAGCGCUAGGCAGGUGAAUUACCUGACAUCUCCUAACUACCCGAGAUCCUACGAGAACAACGUCAACUGUUGGCGGCUGAUCAGCGCUCCCAGAGGCUACGUGGUGAGGGUGACUGUCCUGAACGCCACUAUGGAACAAGGAUUGGACUACGUCCAGCUCUUUGACGGUUCAUCGGCGGCAAGUCCUAGUCUAGUCAGGUUUUCAUCCAUGCCCUCACCUACAGUCUACACCUCUCAUGGCCAGAGCAUGUACAUCAAGUUUUACACCGACGGUUCUGUCGUAGCUUCGGGUUUCAGACUGAGUUAUGAAGUCGUUCCUGUAGCAACUCCCGUUUGCCCUGUCAACCCUGCAACUCUCUUUGCCAUUGCUGGGCAUAACAGAUACUUGGCGUCUCCUAACUACCCGUCUCACUACGGCAACAACCUCAACUGUCGGUGGAUAGUUGAAGCUCCCCCUGGUCAUGUCGUCAAGGUCACCGUCUUGGAUCUGAGCUUACAGUUAAACCACGACUACGUCGACCUUCUUAACGGUAUUUCGGAUUCCAGCCCUCGCCUGGGCAGGUUCUAUUCCAUGCCUCCAGUGGACCGCUACUUCAGUUCUGAACGGCACAUGUCCAUCAGGUUUCACACAGAUGGGUCUGUAACGAAUACUGGCUUCAGGCUCGUGUAUCGGGCUGUUCCCGUAUCUGCUCGCCAUGGAUAACGACAUGGCGUCAACUGGGAUCUGAUUGGUCGAUAACUCACGUGACAUUGCGACAACUCCAUUAGUUUGCUACGGACGCAUUCUUUUGGCUUUUAACUUUUGUCUGAGCUUUGAAAUAAAGUGCUUAGUGCACACA